AUCGAUAUUUGGCGGUUUCCACUCCCCUCUCAAUAUUGGAAUGUGUAUAAAUUGCUGUCUUUUUCUGACAUUUGUUUUCAUUUCUAGACGGUCUCCACAUUUUUCUAGAACAGUAAAACUCCAAACGUGAAAAACUACAAUUUGUGCUAAUAAUUCGAGCAGAGAUGGCGAAUAAAAUAGAAGAGAUCAGAAAAGACAUUGCUGAAAUCGAGAACUUGGAAAACCAUGCUAUCCGGCAAAAAGUUAAAGAUAUUCUGUGCAUUGAAAAGCGAAAAAUGGUUUCUGAGUUGGUAAAACUUGAAGAAAAACAAGCCAAGCUGGAAUUGCAAUUUAAAAAACCGAGUUCCCCUGUUAAAACAACGAUUGUUCCCUACGAAGUAAAAUUAACCAACUAUGCAUGGGAUCAAAGUCAGAAAUUUGUGAAAUUCUACAUUACUCUUCCCAAAGUGAACACUGUGCCGGCUGAAAACGUUCAAUGCAAUUUCCAGGAAAAAUCUUUUGAACUGAAAAUUAAAAACCUUGAAAAUAAAGAUUACGUUUUCAGUAUUACCCAACUUCUACAUGCGGUUGAACCAAAAAACAGCACCUACAAGGUGAAAAACGAUCUGAUUUUGAUCAAUGUAGCCAAAAAAGAAGAUAUAACUUGGUCCCAUGUGACUGAAUGGGAGAAAAAGGCCAGUGACAAAAAGAUGCCUAGCAUGGAUUCAGAUGACAAAUCGGAUCCAUCGGCCAGCCUAAUAAAUCUGAUGCGGAACAUGUACGAGACAGGGGACGACGAAAUGAAGCGCACAAUAGCAAAAGCUUGGACUGAGAGUCGCAACGGCGGUCCCAACAUGAAUUUCUAAUUGUUCCAAGUGGUUUAGCAAUGGGUCCGGGAAAUACCCCAUCCACUUCUAAAUGUUUAGAUACGUAGUUUAGCUCUAAUUAAAUAUCUGUAAUUAAUGCUCUCAAAAUAGCAAUCAGAGCAGUAGACAUUUUAAAAAUUACCCUUCCUUAUGAGACUCCUUUGAAGUUACUAAAAAGUACAAAUUCGUAUGUUAGAAUUAUUUAAUGGUAAGACGCAAUAUCUAAUGCUACUGUAUAAGUUUCGGUAUUUUUCAAUGUGAAUCUUAUCUACUUAAUGCAUUUCUUAUUAAGCAAUAAAACAUCAGUUGCCCUUUCGGCUAUUUCAAACCUCAUAAAUAAUGUUCUUAUUAAUCUUACUGUUCUAAAUGUUUGUCUUUAGGAUUAAUCAUGGUAUUUCCCGGAUUUGAAGGAUGGUUUCCAGAAAGUAAUACCAAUUUUGUUCACGUAUUUUAAUUAAUCUGUUGUAAGUUAAGAUAGGCAUUUGCCGAAAGUAACACAUUUGUGCAUCGAAUUUUCACAUAUCGCGUUUUCUAGUACUCUUAUCACUCACUGCUUAAGAAUUGACGGAAUUGUUAAUCAGGCACUAACUUUAGGCCGCAGCAUAAAUGCCAACCUGCCACCAUAUGUUCACACUUAAAUGUUCAUUAGUAAACUGCCUAAUUUGUAUUUUAUACAGUAUUGUAAUUUUCAUGAUAGAAUGGCAACUAAUAAAGGUCUAAUUUUGCUCAACAAUUUCGUCAACUGUUAACAUUUAAUCACAAUGUUGGUAUUAUUGGGCGCAUUACCUCCAGCUGUAUAUCCUUAACACCAAUUCCAUAUAAGUUAAUACAUAUUUUUCUAGUGAAUAUAUACUACUAAGUUUUAUAUAGUGCAUAUUAAACACAUAGAAUCAUUAUUUUCUAGUAAAUGUUUCAAUGUGAAAUAAAUGCCGAUAAUCGAUUA